AUGAGUGAGAGUGAGGAGGACGCGGGGGGCUUGGGCGUGGGAGGUGAAUGGAAUGGAAUAUAAUUUUCUUUUUUUGCUAUUUUUCCAUGUGAUUUACUUCCCAGGAAUCACCAUUCCCCUUCCAUUUUAUUGCCAUCCUUGCCGGGGCAAUGAACUGAUUGCGUUGCUGUGAAAUCAACCGAAGCAGAAAUUGGUGCUGUUCUUCCCAGGUGCGACAGAGAGGGAUUUUUGUACACGAUGCCUGGACCCUGUCAGCGUCUUCGACUACCGUCCCUUGUGACCGUCAUGCGUAGCCCCAAGGCUGAAUGUUCACCUGUGAGGCGAAAGGAACACCAUCGGGUGGUCAUGAUGGGAGCAGCUCGGGUGGGGAAAUCCUCAAUCAUCUCUCAGUUUCUCUACGACAAAUACCUGGCUCGCUACCGACAGACCGUCGAGGAGCUACAUAGGGGUGAAUAUGAGUUGCCUGAUGGAGCUGCUCUGACCCUAGAUAUUUUGGACACUUCGGGAGCCUAUCAGUUUCCCGCCAUGAGGGCUCUAUCCAUAUCCACGGGGGGAGCUUUUAUUCUUGUCUUUUCCGUGGACGAGGAAGAAUCGUGGAAGGAAGUGGAACGCCUUAGAGAACAAAUCAUCGAAGCCCGUGGCUAUCGUGUGCCCAUAGUUAUAGUGGCCAAUAAAGCGGACCUGAAGGAGCGGAAAUUGCCACGUGAAUUGACCGAGACAAUCGCAACAGUUGACUGGGAAUGUGGGUAUGUGGAGGCUAGCGCCAAGGACAAUACAGGAAUUGUAGAUGUGUUCAAGGAGUUGCUGGCGCAGGCCAAGAUUCGGUACAAUCUCAGUCCAGCUGUCCGGAGACGCCGACAAUCGCUACCAUCGUAUGCCAGUCAGCACAAUGGGAAGGGCCCAUCGACGCCGAAGCACUCCCUGAAGCGGCACUCCUGCACCGUGGCGUAGGUGAAAAUCGUCAGACACCUCCACCCGGACACCCACGCUUCCUGCAGCCGUACUUUUGCGCGCCAAAGUCAUUUCGUCACCCUGGUCCCCAGGGGACUUCGGUGUUCGGAAAUACAAAUACACGGCGGAUAUUGCGUCGCUAGAGCCUUAUUGGGGAGGGAGAGUACGAUGAUGAUAAACAUGAGGAACAAGGUUAAAAUUUUUUUCUUAAUGACUAUUUCACCGAAAAAUUCCACGUAAUUCCAAUGGGAGACAAGCUUUGUCUUCAGGGCAGCUUUUCAGAUGUGGAACACAUUAACAGGGUGCUCUAAUGAAAUUUCGCGAGACCUUUAAAUAACACGGAAUUAUAAAAACAGUUUCCUGAUUGAUAAAAUUCAGGUUGUGAAUUUAUAUGGAAUAUUAAUAAAGUUCAACGAUACUUGAGCAUUAUCCACAUGUAAAAGGUUUAAAAUAAUUUAGGGAUGAGCUAUAGUGGGUUAAUUACAUAUGGAUAAUGCUUUAGAGCGAUCUGAGAAAAGAAAAUUUGCAACGUCCGAAUAUAAAAUCGCAGGUUAGUAUAGGCUAUAUGUAUGCAAAGUUAAUGAAUUUUUCAUGAAGACACCAAAAAUGUGCAGUAUUACGAUUGGUUUUGGCAGGGACACAUGCAAAUGACGAACAUUUGUGUAAAAAAAAUGAAAAAUAAAUUGGAAAUAUCCUAAAUUUAUUAAUGAGACUGAUAAAACCGUUCCGUAUUUGACAAAUGGACGCCAUUCUAAAACGAUUUUUAAUAAGAAAUUUAGAAAUUUGGAUAAUAUUUUGACACAGAUGUAAGUCAUUUUAUUGUGUCUGCC